AUGUCUGUGAUUGGCUACAAUGAUCAUCGCUUCACUCUGUUUACCGAGCGCAGCUCACACAGAAGCACACGGGAGCGUUUGAGAGCCGCGUCUAUCAGCGGAUCAGUCUAUGAGCAGAUCUGGUAUAAGCUGGUGGAUAAGAACGGGAAACAGGAGAAGGACCGAGGGGAAGUUCUUUUGGACAUUCAGUUCAUGCGGAAUAACCUGACAGCCAGCAUGUUUGACCUCUCCAUGGCAGACAAACCUCGCUCUGGCAUUGGCAAACUCAAGGAUAAAAUUCGUGGUAAGAAGAAGGAAGGCCUGUCAGAUUCUGCCUCUGCGAUCGUGCCUUCUUCAGUGGGAACAGACAGUGAAGGGGAAGGAGAGGGCGGUUCAGACAAUCCUAAGAAGAAAUCGAAACUCAAAUCCUUGUUUGGACCAAAGACAAACCUCCAAAGGAAUGUGUCCCAGUCGAUGUCAACACUGGGCACCCUGCCUGAGAAGAACAGUUCACUCAGCAGCAGCAGAUCAUCCGGCCUUAAUGUGGACUCUCCUGAUGUGAAAAAGAAGUUUAAAAUACUGGGACACAAGCGCACUGAGAGCUCAGAUAGCAAAGUGUCUCUUGGCCCCUUUUCUCUUCUGAGCCGCUCUAAACAAAACAUCCAGGAGCAGAAUAACCUCUGUAUAAACGGCAGCCACGUUUAUGCAGAGGAGCAAGAACCUAAAGCUAAUUUUGGCUCCACACUCAGUCUGAACAGCUCAGGAAAGGGUUCAGUAGAGGAUGUUCGUAAAUACCACCAACGAAAUACGUCCGACAUCUCCAUCGACUCACUUAAAGGCCUGAGUAUCCCCUCAUACAAGCCUGAAGUGCAAGACAAAGCUUCUCUUGUCCCACAGCGCCCUCUAGAGGACAGGAGUCAUGUAGAGGUGGAGGAGAAGGGUAAGAAACCCGAAGGAAGAAGCCUGCAAGUGAUGCUGGAUCGACAGGAAGAGCAAGAGCAAAGGAAGCAGCAAGAACGGGAGAGAAAACAAGACGAAGAGAGGAAAAGCAGGCUUGAAGAGCAGGAGAGGAAGCGCAAGGAAGAGGAAGAGCUGCAGAGGAAGCGGCGCGAGGAGGAGACGCAGCGAGCCGAGGAUCAGCGGCACCAGGAGGAGACCAGAGUAACCGAACGGCUCUCUUCUCUCUUUGGCAUUGGAAAGAAGAAGGAAGACAAGAGAGAGGAAGCUAUGCAUGAACCCAAACGUCUAGAUGUGCCGUCCUCUACAAACCCGUUUGAAGACAUUCCCCUCACCCCAGAUACUCCAUCCUCUAUCCCAGAAGAGAGGCCCACGGACCCACGGAGGGGCGUCAGGACCACCCUCACCCCAACGCCACCCGCCAGUGCUUUCCCCAGCCGCACAGCAAAAGUGUCCGCGGUCAAGCCAAGGCCUCACCCAGUGAAACCCAUGAGCACCGAGAGCCAGUCUUCCAGUGUUAUCGCUGUGGGGAAAGACCCGAAGACUAUCACCAUCAAGGAAAUGGCUGAGAUGUCAAAGAAUGUAGAUAGUGGUCCGUACACUCAGCUCACACAGGAGGAACUGGUCACUCUGGUGGUAAAGCAACAGGCCGAACUCUCCAAAAAAGAUGCCAGGAUCCUGGAGUUAGAGGACUAUAUUGAUAACCUGCUAGUUCGCGUCAUGGAGGAGAAACCAGCCAUCCUGCUUUCACUUCAAUCCAAGUGUUAGGGUUUAAUCCUAACAUCUGAAUAACCGUGCCCUGAUUACUAUACUGAGACGCUUCAAUAUUGUAGGAUUUGACUGAUACAGCCAGAAGGAUUAUGAAAGCAAUAUCACAUCUCAUAAUCAGUUGAUUUUCUUGAGUAUAUGUAACGCAUGUAGAGUUGUUGGCAUAUGUGCAUUCUGAUUUCAUCACCAAUAUCAUACAAAUAACUUUAUUUUUUACAGCGUGGAUAUGUAUAGUAUAUCAAAGCCUACAAGAAUUCUGCAGUCUGUCAGAUCACCCUUAACUGGAUGCUGGGGUGUUGUUUUUUUGUUUUGUUGGAUCAUGGUACAAUCUCCUCCUGAGAAGCUUCCCAACAACAAACACAUCGUAUUUAUUGAUCAUCUUAGUUUUCUGUGCAUCUUUCCAUUUAAGAGAGGGCUUCUUAAUGCAUUAUUAUUGCAGUUUUAAGCUUGUAUUUGAAGAUUUUCUUUCAUCCUGAAGUGAUUUGUGUUUAGAUCCUGACUGCUGCCUUGAGUCUUGAUCAGAACGCUUCAUUAGUGUUAAUGCGGCCUUGUGUCUGUUGGGGCUCAAAUCAAGGUAAUAAUCCUCUUACUUUUUAGAAAUGUAGACAAUAAGCACUUUUUACUUGAACGGGGUGUUUCAUUUAUGAAGGAUAGUGUUUUUAUAUUAAGUAAUUAUCUAAAAUACCCUGUAGAAUUACCUCUAAUGAAGAAUUCUUUUUCUUGCCUGUUACGCACACUUCUGCAUAUGUAAAGCUCUGCUGGUGUUCGAACACUGGAUAUAGAAUUCAUUUUUAUUUCCCUGGUCUAUAUUGACUACAUAUUUAAAUGUUUCUUUUUGUCAGCUGUUGAAUCAGCCAAAAUAGUUUAUGCUACAUGUCAAACUGCAUGUUUGUUUUACAUUGUAGCGAUUUUGACCAAGGAUUAUUAAGCAUUCUUUGAAGCGCAAUGUACAUACUGUGACAUUCUGCGGUUCUGUAACGAACAAGCAAUAACUGUCUGCAGGAUUUCGUUUCCUGAAUGUCAGGUAAUCGGUACUUUCAUCAAACCGGGAUCUUUUGCAACAUAUCAUGUAGCCUGUUGAGGUCAUUGUCUGCAGAGUGUUGUUGAGAGCUUGUCUGUUGUGAAACCAAAGAUCUGUGAUGUAAAUCUGAAGUCUUACCCUACAGGACUCGAAACCUACUUCCCAUUCCCUGUUCCAUUGUUCUUCUUAUGUUUUGAAUCAAUGAGUAAACAUUUUUGUUUAACCACUUAAAUGCCUAUGGGGAGAGAAUGGUCCAUCUGACAAGGAUGGAGGAAUAAACUGUAUGUCUUGUA